CUGGCCUGUACCAGCACCCCCCUCCAACGGCCCCCAACGGCCCCCCCCCACCACCGCCGUCCCCUCGCUCCUUUGGGCUAUUCCCAUUAUUUUUGUUCUUCUUCUUCUGAAGAUAUAUCGCAGCGCUUCCUGUUUGGCCGUUCCCGCUCGCUCUCGCCCGAUCUUGCUCUGGUCUGUUGUCCCUGGCCUCUGGCUCUCCUCUCUGGCUGAUUUUACCCUCAAGCACCACCACCACCGCCCAACUCUCUGCCAUGCCUGGUCCCAUGGGAGCUGCGGUUGCUCCUGCCCCGCCGGCCGUCCCGGCCGCCACAAAGCCCAAGCGAAUCGACGUCCUGGCUUCAAAGUCGACCCUCAUCCCGCUCGCACUGCAGCCCUCGGACAGCGUCCAGUACUUUUACGAUCCCGUCCAGCUGGCGUGCGUCUCCACCUUCAAGCUGCAGCAAGCCCGCAUGACUCCCGCUUACAUGCGCAAGCUCGUUCUCAUCCAGAACCUCGUCACAGGCGUCUAUGCUGCCUGGUCGAUACUGCUGCCCCAACACGGCGCCACGCUGCAGCGAGCCAUGGACAUGGGCAUCCUCGCAGCCAAGCAGCAGGCCAAGAAGAUUCAGGAGCACCGCAAGUCCGGCAUCAUGCUGAGCCCAAAGGAGCUCGAGAUAAACUUUGGCUCCCUGGCAAAGUAUGCAAAGCAGCUUACCGGCAUCCCCAUCACCGAGCCCGAAUCGCAGGUCACCCGUGACUCUGGCUAUUCCUCAGACACCAGCGAGGAGGAGGACAAGGAUGACGACGACGAAACCGAGUCCGAGGAGAGCGAGGAUGAGUCUGCUGGCGACAGGAUGCAACCCCGGCUCCGGUCAGCCGAGUCCAAGGCCUCGCCAGAGCCUGCUGCUGCCGCAGCUUCAUCACACACUGCCGGCCUCACCCCUGUCAAAGUCGACAGCUCGAUCCUGGUAUCGCCUCGGCAGCCCGGCUCUCCUCCCAAGACCAGCCCGUCACCGCGGACAAGCCCGACCCGCAAGACAAGCCCCCCUCCAAAUCCCCAGUCGCCGUCUCCUACCCGCGACGCCGACCAUGACGAUGACGACAACACUCCCCUUGGCAACCUGUAUCUCUCUCCCACAUCCACCACAUCCCCAAAGCUGCCCCUGGUUGCGCCUCAGUCUCUGAGCCCGGCCAGCGACCCCAGUGCCGCUCUUGUCGAGCCUCCGCGGUCGGCUGUCCCUGUCCCUGUUCUGGCCUCACCCGCCAUGUCGCGCUCGGCAUCGCAGUCGUCAAAGCAGUCUGUCUCGAGCAACAAAUCAACCUCGUCUUUGCGCAGCGGUGCGUCGGCAGCCAAGAGCAGCCCCCAGUCGACAGCCCCGAAGAUUGAGGCUAGCAAGCGCACCUCGUCGCUGGUGCGUGCGCCGCUCAAGAUCUCGACUGUCACGCCUGAGGUCGUGCCGGAGGCCCCGCCAAAGCCCAGCAACUCCAAGAGCCCCUUGAGUCCGCUCCUGGGUCCCCUGGCGCCACUCAGCCCCAUCGACAUUGCCAACCAGGCUACGGUUGUGGCUUCGACCGAGUCCUCGCGCACCUCGCUGCUGCCCCCGUUACAAAUCACCUCGCUCGUCAGUCUACUGGAGCUUGACACCUGGACUGUUGCCAACGAUGCCAUUGUCAAUACGGACUCGCUGGAUGUAAUGCCGCCUCUGGACAUCCCCUCGCGGACCACCUCGAUGUCGUCGACAACGCUGGCGACUGCCUCUGGCCCGUCCGCGGCCGAGUUUUCGGCUGCCUCGCCCACCUCCCCGAGUAUCUCCACAUCCCUGAAUCCCAAAGACAUUGUUGCCCAGCUGUCGGAGAUGCCCCAAGACGCCAACCUCUCUAACGAUCUCGACACCAAAAGCAUCCGGGACCAGAACGUGAUGCAGUACUUCCGUCGAUUCCAAAAGGACACUCCUUUCCUUGGCGGCAAUUCCAAGUUCCGGGCACGAGCCAACAAGCGGCGCUCGCGGCUUGGCAUGGUCUCCUCCACCGACCUCAGUGAGCUUGGCCGCAGUCCGUCCUCGUCAUCGUCCAGCAAGCUGUCCUCGCGGUCGAUGAGUGUGCGCUCUCACUCUGAACAGAGCUCGUUAUCAAACCGCCCGUUCUCCCCGCCGCUGAUCGAGCGAAGUGUGACCAUGUCGUCCAACUUUUUCGACGAAAAGAAGCAGCUCGUGUCCUCGAGCAUCGAGAAGCUCAAGUCCAAGGCCAAGCUCUUCCGGAGCAAGUCCAUCAAGUUCAUGUCCAGCGACGAGGCCAGCCGCCACACGGCUCCGAAUGGAUCGGUUCGGCUCCUCGGGCACCACAAGAACGUCUCGACAUCGGCCCUGCCGUCGAGCACGCAAAACUCUUUCGAUACCGGCCUGGGCCACCCCGACGCGGACGCGUACAUGAUGAUACCCGAGAUCAAAAAGACCCACUCCGAAUCCUUUGUGAGCGACCUGUUUGGCGAGCUGAAUGGCCGGUUCGAGCUGCCCGAAGACGGCGUACCCGGACCCAGCAGCGGACUGGGCUCGUCUGUGCCGGGCGGCAAGACCGGCGCGGUAGCCGAGCCCCUCGUCGACCUGGACAGCAUCCUGGACCUGUCAUGGAAGCUAGACAUUUAGAGCACCACCCGCGCCCGGCACUUUGUCGGCACGGAGGACUGGACUGGGCCAUGCUGGCUUGCCGGCGCGGCCAUCGUGUCCUCCUCCAUCCUCACGCAA